AUGGAUGUACUAUCUGUGAAUGCUACGUCUCUAUCGCGUUCAUCUGGGAGCUCGAAGAUGAUCAAAUCAGACUCUCGUUUUAAAAUGGACGAGACAUGGUCGUUGACUUCCAACAAUGACGCACAGCCAGAGUUUCGACCUGUUGUUACUGACACAAAAGCAACACGAUGUUAUCGUCCUAAACAAUGGAGUCUUGAAGCUGAGGAGGCGUUUCGCGUUCAACAAACGGGUUGGCGUGAUAUAAAAGAAUACAUGGAAACAUACGGGGAACCGGAACGCUGGCAAAAUGGCUAUGUGCGCUGUACGCGUGUUAAAGCCAAUGGAUUCUAUACUUACUGGCAACCACAUCGCGAGUGCGACGAUAAGUAUUUACACAUUGUCAAGCUUUUCGAUAAUACAAUAGCAAUUGUCACGAGUACGCUAUUGGACUCACUGGAUUUUGUCACUUGCUGUUGA